AUGCAUGCAUCCAGUGUUGGCAGUAGCAGCAGCCGUCCGUCCAGCGUUGCAAGCAACUCCUCAGGUCACAGCAGUCAAGGUUAUGCACAGGGCCAAUUGGCUGCUCAACCCAGCCUGUUGUCCCCUACGCUAGCAUCUGCUUUAGGUAUCAACGUUGCGGGCUCAUCCAAGAGUGGUCGGCCUGGCAGUGCUGGCGGGGCGUCAAAGUCGCGGAAUGGGGUUGCGCGACCAUCCUUGACGGCCGAUGGUUGGUCUCGGCGUCCCAGCUUGCCCAACGUGCCCAGCAUGAUCAACCGCGUGAGCAUGAUCAGCAUCGCCUCUUUCGAGAGCCUACCCGAAGGCGAGCCCGUCAACUUCGCGGCGUCACCAUUGAGCGUUACAUCAGCGACCGAUGCUCCUCACGAAGAUCUCUCCGCAUCGACUAGCACAGCGACCGAUUCUCCAACGCUCAGCCAAGGAGACUCGUGGCAGUCACCUUCAUCACCUACAGAUGAGGCGUCCGUGGGCUCGAUCUCGAUGAACAGGUCCUCUAGCACAGCCAGUCGACCGGGCCAUGCGCUUCAACGAAGCGCCACGGAUCCUACUCACUCGAUGAUUGCUUUUGAGGGAAUGAUGCGGAGGCGACACGCCAUUGCCAUGGAAUUGUUGGAGACCGAAAGGGUCUUCAUAGCGAGUUUGAAGCUGAUCAACGAAGUGAGUCAGAUGUAGAGCUGCCGAGCCUUUCCGGACUGCUUGACUAACAGUGCUUUCACGCCCGGGCAGUCGUACUAUCAGCCUCUUAUGGCUCUCAGCAAGGGUCUGACUGCGCCAGUUGGAGUCACGAGUGCAGCACCAGUGCUUUCUCGUCAAGCGUUGAACGAGAUCUUCUCCAACUUUAGCGACAUUCUCAGUCUCAAUUCUGAGCUCUUCUCUAGGCUCGAUGAUCGCCUCUCAGGUAGAGCGAGGCAGCCGCCUCCGUCUCGUCCAGCUUCAGUCGCGAGCCCAACGAGCCCCCGAGAUGCUGCUCCGAGCUCAGCGAAAGCUGGCUCGACAAAUGCGGGACGACUAGACCCGUGGCAUGCAGAAACGGACACAAUCGGCGAUACUCUAGUGCCUAUCGUGCCAUAUUUGAAAAUGUACUCCUUGUACGUCAAGAAUUUCAGUGCGGCCAUGGCACGGAUAGAGACGGAACGUAAAGCAAACGACGCUUUCAAUCGUUUCUUGAAGGACACGGAAAGAGCUACAUGGGGCAAGGCGAGCGCAAGCGGCGGAUUUGGCUUCGGUCUUGGAUUUCAGGCGCACCUCUUGACGAUUGUGCAACGCAUCCCUCGGUACAAAAUGAUGGUGGGCGAUCUGGUCAAGUAUACUCCAAGCAAUCACCGAGAUUACCCAGAUCUCUUGAAGGCCUUUGGGGUCAUCGACCAGGUGGCUGCCUACAUCAACGAGAAUGUCAGACAGCACGAGAUGAUCCUAGUCAUGCUUGGCUUGCAACGCAGCCUGACUGGUCUGACCGAGCCCUUGAUUGUUCCUGGGCGAGCUUUGCUCAAACGGGGCACGCUGCUCAAGGCUUGCAGAAAGAACAUUCAGCCGAGGGAAUUCUUUCUGUUUACGGACUGUUUGGUGUAUGCCAGUCCUGUUGGCGGCGGUCUAGAGAGUGCCUCCGCAGCCUGGACUGCACUCGCCAGGGGCGGAGGACUGGGAGUGUACGGAGGCAGCGUGCAAGACACGGGGUCUCCUUCAGCACCGAACAGUCCACGCACCAUAGUCGACAAAUUGCCGCUCGCGCCUAUCUCUGCAGACGCCAUCGACACCGCAUCGCGCUCGCGCACGUCAUCAGCCGACGCUGUACUGGCCAAUGGUCGACCUUUAUCGGUCAGCCUUCAGGGGUUCCAGCUGCAAUUUCGGGCCAAAUUUCCUUUGCAAGACUGCACGGUGGUAGGCGUGGAGAAGGCAACCUCGCCUUUCCAUCAAGGUCUGCGUCACUCCAUCGAAAUUCGCACGCCUGACAAAAGCUUUGCAGUGUACGCGGAGAGUGCAGAGGCGAAGGAGACCUGGUUAUCGACUAUACGCGACGCUCGCGAUGACCUCAUGACGGCCAGGCGCACUUUGCAAGCGGAGGAAGACACCUCGGAGAUACUGCGGGAGAGAAGGCGCAGCCUGUACGGCAGAGCGGGCCCCAGCUAUUGUACCCCUCAACAGGCCAGAAGAAUAUCAGCUCCCAGCACUGGCUGGUCGUUCACAGGCAACACUUCAGCAGAUACCUCUGGGCGCCCAACAAGUCCACUCGCUUCCUCCGCAUCGGUAUCAGCUGACUGGCAUGGCGCAUUUGGCCCAAAGUCGGAAAGCGGCAACUCUCUAGCGACUCUGCUUUCGAGCGGAUGUCCUUCAAGCGAUGCUGGUAUAACGGCCAGAUCUAGGACUGGUCUCCGAGUUCUCGAGGACUACAAUGCUCCGGUCUGGGUACCAGACUCGAGCGCUGACAAGUGCAUCAUUUGUUCAGAGGCCUUUGGGAUGUGGCGACGCAAGCACCACUGUCGUCUGUGCGGGCAAGUUGUGUGCUGGGCCUGCAGUCAGCGCUCCUUCCUGAUCGCUCGAUAUGAGGACGAUGCAGGAGAGGCAGAAAAGCCUGCGCGUGCUUGUGACGCUUGCUACGACUCGGUAUUCCCUGCCGAAGAAGAGCACAGCUCUCCACAAAUGGGUACAGCUGCGGUGGUGCUACCUGAGCCAAGUCCGGCUGCUCAGUCUGACACAAGCAGGUCGACCGAUUUCUCCACCUCCGACUCUGCGACUCCUGAUUACCCCGCAACGCCUGCUGAACAUGGCCCCUCGAACGGUGUGGACUCCGGCCAAAUCUCUCACAUUGCCAUACACGUGCAAGACGAGAAUGAGGUAGCGGCGGAGGCUGAAAAUGAGGGCAGCAAGCCCUCUCGAUCGGCAGCAACUCGGCCACAGAAGAUAUGGGGCGCGCAGGGGCGGCCGUCGACGCCAUCGUGGUCUCAGGUCCAAACAUCAGAGGAUGCUGGUCACCUCACUUCACAUCAGGACCGCUCUGACGAGCCGAGGCGAACUACCCCACCGAGCCGUCGAGGACCCGCUUUGCAGCUUCAGCGCGCUUCUGGGGCUGGACCCCAACUCUUCAAAGGCGGCUUGACACCGCAAGUACAAGCUGCUACUUCUGGUUCUGGAACGUUUCGACUUGUCACGCCACGUCUGACGACACCAGAAGCUGAGAUGCCCCCUAGAUCUAGGCACGGUGCACAAGGCGAGGGUGAUGGAAGUACUCGCAUUGGGGAUGGGGGAUCCUACUUUGCUGGCGCGGUCUCCGAAGAUCACCUGGGUGACAUGCCUCCUCCCAUUCCAAGAGCCCGCAAGAAGCCGCUCAGUGCGGCUGCUCGACUUAGCACCUUUUAUGGCGUCAGUCCAGCAAGUAUGCCGAGUAUUGCGAAGAAGUCACCGCUCGACUCGCCUGCUCCGCCAUGA